AUGUUAAAAUUCUUUUUUAAAAAGUAAUUAAAUAAUCUGAUAUACAUGUAACAAUCUUAAGUAGUAAAAAGAAUCAAAAUAACAGAUAAAGAGAAUUAAAUUUUCAACACUAUUAUGUAAUUUAGAGAUGAAACAAAUACAUAAUCAAUUUUGAGAGUAGCAGGUGGAUGGGUAAGAGAUAAAUUAAUGGGAAAUGAAUCUCAUGAUAUUGAUAUCACUAUUGAUAAUAUGAGUGGUGAAUAGUUUGUAAUUAAAAUGAAAGAAUACUUUGAAUCUAAAAAUAUUAAGGUUAGUGGUUUUGGAGUAACUAAAUUAAACCCUGAAUAAUCAAAGCAUUUAGAAACAGCUUGUAUUAAAAUAUUUGAUCAAUCUAUUGAUUUUGUUAAUUUAAGAGGUGAGACAUAUACAGAAUAAUCAAGAACACCUUAAAUUAUAGUAGGUACUCCAGAAUAAGAUGCUUUUAGAAGAGAUUUAACUAUAAAUUCUAUGUUUUAUAAUUUAAAUACACAAGAAAUAGAGGAUUUUACAAAUAUGGGAUUACAAGAUCUUUAAAAUGGAAUUAUUAGAACUCCAUUAGAUCCUUAUAUAACAUUUAGGGAUGAUCCUUUAAGAAUACUUCGUACAUUUAGAUUUGCUACUAGAUUUAAUUUUUAAAUUGUUGAAGAAAUUAUUAAUGCAAUUUAAUAAUAAGAUAUCAAAACUGCAUUAUAAACUAAAGUGAGUAGAGAAAGAAUAGGUAUUGAAAUUGAUUGGAUGUUAAAAUCUUCAAAAUGUUAUUAAGGUUUAAAAAAUUAUCAUUAACUUGGAUUUUGGCAUAUAAUUUUUGAAUUGCCAAAAGAAAAUUAACAUUAAUGUAAUGUUAAAGUUGAAAAUUAAGGAAAAUAUCAUUUAGAUUCAUUUAAAUAUCUAUAAACUUUAUAAAAUUUACAAUAUUUACCUAAUUUCUAAAAAAUUCAUGGUUUUGAAAGUUAGGAAUAAUUAAAUUUAUAUCUUCAUUUAAGUAGCAUUUGUUUGCCUUAUUAGACUAUAAAUUAUAAAAAAGGAAAGAAUUUAGAAAGUGCUAUAAUCUAUAUAAUAGCAGAAUCCUUAAAAGUAUGAUAUAAUAUAUAUUUUUAAGAUGCCAAGAAAAUAAACAGAUGAAAUUUAUAAUAUUUGUAGAUUAGUAGAAUAAUUCAAUUAGUUAAAAAAAGAGGAUUUAAAAAACAAUUACAGAAGAUUGGGUAUAUUAAUUAUUUAUAUAAUAGUUAACUUUUUAUAAGAUGCUAAAUAAUUAUGGGAAAUAAUAGUUUAUUUGGAUUAUCUAUAAGAAUGUAUAAAUGAUUAAGAGGCAACAUUUUAAUUGAAUGAGAAUUUUAUAAAAUUCAUCUAUUCAUAAAAUUUAUAAGAAUUUUAUAAUGCAAAAGCAUUUAUAGAUGUAUAUAAUUCAUUUAUAUAAUUAGGGUAAUGAAAUAAAAUAAAUUUGGAAAGUAGAAGCAAAAUAAAUAAAAGAUGUGAAAUAAAAUAUAUUAAUUUGGUAAGCUAUGAAUCCUAAUGGAACAAGAGAAGAUAUUUUAAAAAUUAUAGAAUAAAAUAAAGAAUAAUUUAUGAAUAAUUUAUGA